AUCUUCCCACCGACGUCGUAUUGGUUCAACUUCUGUUCUCUAGCAACCGUGGGUUUUGCAUUUUGGUCUGCAAAACACUCACAAACACCAUAACACACGCUAGCGGAAACUACGAGAUAGGAGGAGAUCUGUUCACAUGUUCUUCUUUAAUCACUCAGUUUUGUUGGUGCUUUUGAUUCAAAACACACAGCUGUUGAAUUGCAUUAAUAUGUUGAAGAGUGUGUGAUGCAGUGAAGAAGAACAAGGAAUUUUAUCGUAGCUUCACUUAAUUUUUCAUGGGGUUUCUUAGAUUUUGUUGGUUUGUAUUAUCAUUGAUGGUUGUUUUCUUCGGUAGCCCUACUCCGGUGAUUGCCGGUGACAUUGUUCAUGACGAUAAAUUUGCUCCGAAGAAGCCUGGUUGUGAGAAUGACUUUGUGCUGGUGAAAGUUCAAACUUGGGUUGAUGGUGUAGAAGGCGCAGAGUUCGUUGGCGUUGGUGCAAGAUUUGGAACCACCAUUGUAUCUAAGGAGAAAAAUGCUAACCGAACUCAUCUUACUCAAUCAGACCCUCAUGAUUGCUGUAGUCCACCAAAGAAAAAGCUUACUGGUGAUGUCAUCAUGGUGACCCGAGGUCACUGCAAAUUCACAACAAAGGCAAACAUUGCACAAGCUGCCGGUGCUUCAGCAGUCCUUAUUAUAAAUAACCAAAGAGAGCUCUACAAGAUGGUUUGUGAGCCUGAUGAAACUGAUCUAGACAUACACAUACCAACCGUCAUGCUUCCACAAGAUGCUGGUGUGGAGUUAGAAAGAAUGUUGUCCAAUCGUUCAUCAAUUUCUGUGCAGUUAUACUCACCACGAAGACCAGUGGUAGACAUAGCCGAAGUAUUUCUAUGGCUGAUGGCAGUCGGUACCAUCUUGUGUGCUUCUUAUUGGUCUGCAUGGAGUGCUAGAGAAGCAGCUAUAGAACAUGAAAAGUUACUGCAGGAUUUUUCAGAGGAGCUUUCAAACACAAAAGUUGUUGGUACAAGCGGUAUUGUGGAAGUCAAUACAAAAUCAGCAGUCUUGUUUGUGAUCGUUGCUUCUUGUUUCUUGGUUCUCCUAUACAAGUUAAUGUCCGUAUGGUUCAUUGAACUUUUGGUGGUUCUUUUCUGCAUAGGAGGCGUGGAGGGAAUGCAAACUUGCUUAGUUGCUUUGCUGUCAAGGUGGUUCAAGCAAGCAGCACAAUCUUUCAUUAAAGUACCAUUCUUUGGAGCAGUUUCAUAUCUUACCUUGGCUGUUUUGCCAUUCUGUAUAGUCUUUGCUGUUCUUUGGGCAGUGUAUCGUGAAACCAAGUUUGCAUGGAUCGGUCAAGAUAUACUUGGAAUUACGCUGAUAAUUACCGUUCUCCAGAUUGUGCAUGUACCUAAUCUCAAGGUUGGCACCGUUCUGCUAGGUUGUGCUUUCUUGUACGAUAUUUUCUGGGUUUUCGUUUCUAAGAAAUUGUUCCAUGAAAGUGUGAUGAUUGUGGUGGCGCGUGGUGAUAAAAGUGGGGAGGAUGGUAUCCCGAUGCUGCUGAAGAUACCACGUAUGUUUGAUCCAUGGGGCGGUUAUAGUAUCAUUGGCUUCGGUGACAUUCUUUUACCUGGACUGCUGAUUGCAUUUUCACUUAGGUAUGAUUGGCUGGCGAAAAAGCACAUUCGUUCUGGAUAUUUCUUGUGGGCAAUGUUUGCUUAUGGAUUAGGUCUCCUUAUAACUUAUGUAGCUUUGAAUCUGAUGGAUGGUCAUGGCCAACCAGCAUUGCUAUAUAUCGUUCCUUUUACUCUAGGAACCUUUUUGUCGUUGGGAAAGAAGAGAGGGGAUCUCGAGAUUCUAUGGUCGAGAGGUGAACCCGAAAGGGAAUGUCCACAUGUUCGGCUCGGGCAAUCUCACGCACCCGAUGAGUAGAAAUGCGGCAUCUUUGAUCUUAUAGAUACGGGCGGUUUCAUCUAUGCUGGGAAAACUGGCAAUGGUGAAUGGGCAUGGCUUGUUAAGUACUAGAAGAAGUUGUGGCCAAAAGUUAGGUUUGUUCAUUGAGCCUAUGUUUGAUGAUCAAGAAAUCUUGUGCAUAUGAUGUUUUUAUUACAUAUUCCUUUUUUUUUUGUUUCUUUUCCACAAGGGAAGCAACCCAUUGAGUUAACUCAGGUGUGCGAUUAUGUAAUGGAAUGUAUCAUGAAUGUUGUUUAUUUCACUCACUGAAUUGACUUGGUGAUUGGAGA